GAGUCCAAGUCCAGCAAGUGGUCUGCAAGAGGCAGGCCAAUCACUCCGUGGCUUCAGAUCAUCACUGCAGCCAAAAAACCAAACCUCAGGAGAGGCAGAGGGCAUGUAACAGUGAGCCGUGUCCUCCGGCGUGGUCCGUGAAGGAGUGGUCCGAGUGCAGCCGAAGUUGUAAUGGUGGCCUGCGGACGCGUACCAUCCUGUGUGUUCGUAAGAUUUCUGCCACAGAGGAGAAGACCCUAGACAACAAAGCCUGCUCCGCGCCCAGACCCGCAGUCACAGAAGCCUGCAAUAACCAGACCUGCCCACCUGAGUGGUUCGCACUGGAUUGGUCGGAGUGUACUCCAAGCUGUGGUCCAGGUUUCCGGCACAGGAUUGUCCUCUGCAAGAGCGGCGACUAUGGCACCACCCUCCUGGCUACCCACUGCCCUGAAGACACCAAACCCACUUCAAAGAUGAGGUGCAACUUGCAGCGCUGCCCUCACCCUCAGUGGUUGACUGGAGAGUGGAGUGAGUGCUCUGCCAAGUGUGGUCUGGGUCAGCAGAUGCGGUCUGUGCAAUGCUUGACCCACAUUGGUCAGCCGUCCAGUGAUUGUCCGGAGGACCUCCGGCCAGCAGCAAUGCAGCAGUGUCAGAGCCAGUGUGACCCUCUUCCAACAGACAACCCUGAAGAAUGCAAGGAUGUCAACAAGGUGGCCUACUGCCCCCUGGUGCUAAAGUUUAGGUUUUGCAGCCGUGCUUACUUCAGGCAGAUGUGCUGCAGAACUUGCCAAGGACAUUAAAGGGUGCGGUGCUGUGUACCCAAGACCACUCCACUCGGGCAGCGAUGGCAAGCGGAGAGCUGAGACCAGCAAGGGAAGAGCAGCAGUCGAGUCUCAGCGAUGGCUUUCCUCACUUCAGCAGAGCGUCUGCACGCAAUGGAAGAGGGAGAGGAGAGGAUGAUAAAUUAAGGGAUGGGAAUAUAAGGAUAGGGACCUGGAUAAGCGGAGAGGGGAAAGGCAUAUGAGUGGGGCUCAAGGGAAUAGGGGCCUGGGGUGUGUAAGUGUGACGGUAAAACAUCGGAGGAGGAAGAGGAGGAGGAGGAGGAGGAGGAGGGCGUAGCAGUGUGCCAGUGGGUGUAAAUGGCCCUGAUGGCGAGGGGUUGGCAAGAGGAGUGCACUUCCAUGCACGGUGUUUAGUAAUUUAGGACGGGGCACCUUGAUGUGACAGCCCUGGUAAAUGCACUCCUCUUCAUCCUCCUCUUCAUGUGACUCGGCAUGAUGGCAGCCCAGCCUCUACUCCUCUCACCCAGACGGACAGCCCAAGAUCUUCAUCAGGCCGCCAUCUUCUGCAGUGCUUGCGCCUGGAAAGUGGAAUGGAAGUGUGUGCACGCUGAAUAAAAGGGUUGUGUAUAA